CGCUCGCUGAAGCUGAGAGCUGAGCUCGCGGAACUCGCCUUCGAACUCGGACGUUUCCCUCUGUCUGAAUCGGCCUAUUCGACGUCGUCGCUAGAUUCUCCGACAGUGCCGUAUUCACCUGCAGCAGGUCCCUCCCUCUCUCUCUCUCUCUCUCUCUCUCUUCUCUGCAUGCGUCUUGGUGUUCAUUUGCCCCCUUUUUGAUUCGUCAAAAGUGGAUUUUGAUCCGAUUGGUUCUUCCCAUCGCUACUUCGCACGAAAAGUAGUGCCGGUGCCUGUUCAUCCGGGUCGACCGGCUACUUCGUGAUCAUGGUGCUUGAUGGCUUUUCGUCGGUUUCUCUCUUGCUGUGACUGACAAGGGUCAACGGUUGUAGUCCGUCACCGUCUGUGCUUGUUGUUUCGGCUGUCUGAAUCAAGCAAUGUUUCUGGCUCAUGAGUAGGUCACAUCCGUGUUCCCAUUAGGUGCAAAAAUUUUCAGUUCCCUCUGGACCUAGACUUCGGUAAUUUUUUUAGGAUUUGAAACUUCUUUCUCCGACUGAAUUCUCCAAUCGAUCCAUAUCGUUGGUCCCAAUGGCCGUUAACCAUCUGAACUCAAUCUUCUUGUUGGCACUCUUUGCAUCCCCUCUUCUUUUCUCUACUGCGGCCGAGCCUCAAGAAGUAGAAAUGGAUGCGCCGAUUUGGCGUUUCCAGCAGUACCUCAAGAUCAACACAGCCCACCCUGACCCUGACUAUGCUGGAGCUGUCUCCUUUCUUAAGGACCAAGCUCAGGCCAUUUCCCUCCAAACCCGUAUCCUAGAGUUCGUCCCAAACAAGCCCGUUUUGCUUUUGACUUGGUUAGGCUCAGACCCUUCUCUUCCUUCCGUCCUUUUCAACUCCCACAUGGACUCUGUCCCUGCCGAGCCAUCCAAGUGGAUUCAUCCUCCCUUUUCUGCCUUCAGAGAUUCCAAUGGAAAGAUAUUUGGCCGAGGGGCGCAAGAUGACAAGUGCAUUGCCAUUCAGUAUAUCGAGGCCAUUAGGAACCUUAAGGAUAAGAGUUUUGUACCACUUCGCACAAUUCACGUCUCGUAUGUGCCAGAUGAGGAGAUCGGUGGACUUGAUGGGGCGGCUAAGUUUGUAGGAUCCAAAGAGUUCAAGGAACUGAAUGUGGGGUUCGUCUUGGAUGAGGGGCAGGCAUCUGUUACCGACGAGUUUCGAGUUUUCUACGCUGACCGGUCACCUUGGGGGCUGGUGAUUAAGGCUAACGGAGCACCUGGACAUGGAUCAAGGAUGUAUGACAACGGCGCUUUGGAGAAUUUGAUGAAGAGCAUGGAAGCCAUAAGCAAGUUCAGGGAGAGCCAAUUUGAUAAGGUCAAGGCCGGAAUGGCAGCGAACUCCGAAGUCAUUUCUGUCAAUCCAGUCUACAUGAAAGCUGGAAUUCCUUCACCAACUGACUUUGUCAUGAAUGUGCAGCCUUCGGAAGCCGAGGCAGGCUUUGACAUCCGUAUGCCUCCGACUGCAGACCCUGAUCUUAUGAAGAAAAGAAUUGUUGAAGAGUGGGCCCCGGCUAUCAGGAAUAUGACAUACCAGAUUAUUGAGAAAGGACCUAUUCGAGACUACAAGGGGCGCCCAUUGAUGACUACAACAGAUGAUUCCAACCUUUGGUGGUCUGCUUUUAACCAAGCUGUUGCGGCAGCUGGAGGAAAGCUUGCAAAGCCUGAAAUCUUACCUUCAACCACGGAUGCAAGAUUCAUUCGACAGCUGGGGAUUCCUGCUCUAGGGUUCUCUCCGAUGAUCAAUACUCCAAUACUGCUUCAUGAUCACAAUGAGUUUUUGGAGGAUAUAGUCUUCUUGAUGGGGAUAAAGGUAUAUGAAUCCAUAAUUAGUUCUUUGAGUUCCUUUGUUGAAGAAUCACAGAGGAACAUGAUUUAGGUAGCAACUAAUAAGAUAAGGCUGCUUCUUCUUCUUCUUCUUCUUGUUCAAUAAAAUGCUCUCCUACACUUGUUGCUGGCAUUCUUCAAUCCAUGUUGCAGCGAUGCUCAAGUUGUGAGCUUUUUCUUGUAUUGUAACAUAGUAAUAACAGGGUCUUGGCCGUAGUGUACACAUAAAUAACCCGUUCUGGUUCUGAGCUCCGGCGUGGACCUUGUUUCCAUCUGUGAGGUUACUGACUCCGAAUAACUUGUACGAGUAUCUAAGAUGUUGGAGAGGGACAUCUCUUGAGUGA